GUGUGGGUGGGGGGUGGGGGGGGCAGUGCUCCGCUGGGGCUGUUUCCAGAUGAUCAAUCAGCUGUUGGUCUCCUCUGCGACAUGACCAGAGCCCCCGAGUGUGAGAAGGCCAGCACUGGUGUAAAUGGCUGCCACAUUUGUCUACAAUCGACUCCCCUCCACAGUGACAGCUGGUGAGAGACUGCGAGGGCUGAUGUGCUGAGGAGCUACACAAAUGUUCGUGAAUAACCAUGGCAAAAGCAUACGAGUUUCUGUGGCAGAAAUCUGUUCCCUCUUUCCUACAAGAAGGGUCUGUGUUUGACAGAUACGAUGAGGAGUCUUCGGUGUGCGAAACUCAAUGUACCUUCAAAGUGGAUGAGUUUGGAUUCUUUCUCACGUGGAAGAGUGAGGGGAAGGAAGGUCAAAUCCUGGAAUGUUCAAUGAUCAACCACAUUUACUAUGGUGUCAGCACCAAGGAUCCCAAACUGCUGUCUGCUCUUGAGGGAGUGGGGCGAGGUGAGAACGAGCUGGAAGGGCGGGUAUUCAAUGUGUGUUCAGGAGCUGACCUGGUGAACAUCAGCUUCAUGUAUAUGGUGGCGGAUCAUGUGGAGACAGCUAAGCAAUGGGUGGAGGGGCUGAGUGCCAUCGUUCACAACUUCAGAGCCAGCAGUGUCUGCCCCAUGACCUGUCUCAAGAAACACUGGAUGAGGUUAUCAUUCUUGACAAAUGUAAAUGGAAAAAUUCCAGUGAGGAGUAUAACGAGGACCUUUGCGUCGGGCAAAACAGAGAAGGUGAUAUUUCAGGCCCUGAAGGAGCUGGGGCUGCCCAGUGGGAAGAACGAUGAAAUCGAGCCCGUGGUGUUCACCUUUGAUAAAUUCUAUGCACUAACACAAAAGAUAUGCCCUCGAACUGAUAUUGAGGAGCUCUUCAAGAAACUCAACGGAGACAAAACUGAUUACUUAACUGUAGACCAAUUAGUCAGCUUUCUCAAUGACAACCAGAGAGACCCUCGGCUGAACGAGAUCCUGUUCCCAUUCUAUGAUAGGAAACGGGUGAUGCAGAUAUUUGAGCAUUAUGAUCCUGACAAAGAGCUGAGGCAACAAGGGCGGAUGUCGUUUGACGGCUUCUGCAGGUACCUGAUGUCUGAUGAGAACACCCCUGUGUUCCUGGACCGGCUGGAGCUGUACCAAGAAAUGGACCAGUCACUCUCUCACUACUUCAUCAGCUCCUCACACAACACCUACCUGACAGGCAGGCAGUUCGGGGGCAAAUCAUCAGUGGAGAUGUACAAGCAAAUCCUGCUAUCAGGCUGCAGGUGUAUUGAAUUAGAUAUUUGGGAUGGAAAAGGGGAGGAUCAGGAGCCCAUUAUAACACACGGCAAAGCCAUGUGUACAGACAUCCUCUUCAAGGAUGUGAUUCAAGCCAUCAAAGAUACAGCGUUUGUCACCUCUGAGUUUCCUGUUAUACUUUCGUUUGAAAAUCAUUGCAGUAAACCGCAGCAGUACAAGAUGGCAAAGUAUUGUGAGGAGAUUUUUGGAGACUUCUUACUGAAGGUGCCGCUCGAGUCCUUUCCGCUUGACAAGGCACAACCUCUGCCAUCUCCCAAUGACCUCAAAAGAAAAAUACUGAUCAAAAAUAAAAGGUUAAAGCCUGAGGUGGAGCACAAGCAACUGGAGACCUUUAAGCAGCUGAUGGAGGGCGGGGAGAGCAGCAGCCCGGCCAGCCUGCUGGACGACGAGAUCGAGGAAGAAAUCGAAAACGCUGACCUGUCUCCGAUAUCCGUUGAUCAGGAUGAAGAGGCCCAUCCUGAACUCAAGUUCCACAGUGAGCUCUCCGCUGACCCCAUUAGCCAGGAGAAAGAGGUGCACGUCAACAGUGUGAAGAAGGUGAUCGAAGACCCUGAGCAGGACAAUAAGAAGGGCACUAUCACAGUGGAGGACGAGCAGGCCUGGGUGUCGAGCUAUACGUAUGUUGGAGCCACGACUAACAUCCAUCCAUACCUGUCGGCCAUGGUCAACUACGCCCAGCCCGUCAAGUUCCAGGGCUUCCAGGUAGCCGAAGAGAGGAAUAUUCACUGCAACAUGUCUUCAUUCAAUGAAUCGGUGGGACUGGGAUAUCUGAAGACUCACGCAAUCGAGUUUGUGAACUAUAAUAAACGUCAAAUGAGUCGUAUUUACCCUAAGGGAGGCCGAGUGGAUUCCAGUAAUUACAUGCCUCAGAUCUUCUGGAACGCUGGCUGCCAGAUGGUCUCCCUCAACUUCCAGACCCCAGAUUUGGCCAUGCAGUUGAACCAGGGAAAGUUUGAAUACAAUGGCUCAUGUGGGUAUCUCCUGAAGCCAGAAUUCAUGCGUCGCCCAGACCGGACCUUUGACCCAUUCUCUGAGACCCCAGUGGACGGGGUCAUUGCAGCCACCUGUUCUGUAGAGGUAAUAUCCGGCCAGUUUUUGUCGGACAAGAAGAUUGGGACCUACGUGGAGGUAGACAUGUACGGUUUGCCCACCGACACCAUCCGCAAGGAGUUCCGCACCCGCAUGGUGAUGAACAACGGCUUAAACCCUGUGUAUAACGAGGAGGCCUUUGUAUUCCGGAAGGUUAUCUUGCCUGACCUGGCUGUGCUGAGGAUAGCGGUUUAUGACGACAACAGCCGACUGAUUGGCCAGCGGAUCCUGCCUCUGGACGGGCUGCAGGCGGGUUACCGGCACAUCUCCCUGAGAAACGAGGGCAACAAGCCACUCUCUCUGCCCACCGUCUUCUGUAACAUUGUCCUCAAAACCUACGUCCCUGACGGCUUCGGAGACAUUGUGGACGCUCUAUCAGACCCAAAGAAGUUCUUGUCAGUGAUGGAGAAGCGAGCUGACCAGAUGAGGGCAAUGGGAAUCGAAACUAGCGACAUUGCAGACGUACCGAACGACAGCUCCAAGAAUGACAAGAAAGGGAAGAGUAACAUGGGCAAGAGCAGCGUGACUCCCCAGUUGAGCUCCGAACUACGGCACAACUCUACGUUAGGCCAAGGCACUGGCAACAAUGCCAAGAGAGACACAGCGGUGAUAUCUCAGGUUAACAUUGAGGACCUGAAGCAAAUGAAGCCCUACUUGAAAUUACUGAAGAAGCAACAAAAGGAAUUGAGUUCGCUGAAGAGAAAGUACUCCAAGGAGCAGAGCUCCACUCAGAAGCUCCACUGCGUACAGGUGGACAGACUGGUGGCUCAGCACGACAAGGAGAAGCUAACACACGAGAAGAUUUUAGACAAAGCCAUCAAGAAAAAAGGGGAAAGCAACUGUGUUGAUUUGAAGAAAGAAACAGAGAUGAAAAUCCAGUCACUAUCUUCAGACCACAAGAUGAAGAUGAAGCAGCUGGUGGGCCAGCAGACCAAGGAAUGGUCUGAGAUGGUGAACAGUCAUAAUGCGGAGGAGCAGGAGCUGCGGGACCUGCAUGUGAUGGAGCAGUGCGAUGUGCUACGUAAGCUGCUGGUCAGUGAGCACGAGCAACAAACACAGCAGCUCAAGGUCAUCCACGACAGGCUCAGCAAGGAGAUGAAAGCCAACCAGGCCAAGAGCUCGAUGGAGAACAGUAAAGCCAUCAGCCAGGACAAGAGCAUCAAAAACAAGGCGGAAAGAGAGAGACGGGUCCGGGAACUGAACAGCAUCAACACCAAAAAAUUCCUGGAGGAGAGGAAGCGACUUGCAAUGAAACACGUCAAGGAAGCGGAACAACUGAAAAAAGCUCAACUUGAACAGCUGGAUGGUUUGGAGAAACAAAACGAACAGCUGCUGAAAUCAUGUCAUGAAGGGUCUGGUACUCAAGGCAAAAGAGAUGCGGCGGAUGGUGAAGCUGGAGGCGGGGAUGGCCCGCAGGCAAGCCACAGUGGUGUGAAGCCCCCAGACACAGCCUGAGCCCCACAUGUCCAGCAGCAGACAGGAGACAGCGAAGGACAUCCAUCCACCCACCCACCCACCCACUCCUUUCAUCUCCUCUUUACCUCACACACCCUGUGUCACCAACAAUCCCCAGUGUCAACCAAUUCCAAUUGACCAGAAGGAAUGGUCGACUCCUUUGUCUGUGGAGCACUUUAAAAGCUUAUCGAUCCUCAGUCAAUAUGUAUCUGAGUGACCGGUAGCUUCUGGUAAAUGGCAGAUUUGGGGGCGACUGUGGUGCCUAAUAAUGUUCAUAGAUUGUGUGAACACACAGAACAGAGAAUAGCAACAGGGGGAGAUGGGGGGGUGCAGAGCAAUACGA